ACAAUAAACUUCCUGUAUAUCGAUUUGUAUAUAUAUAUAAAUUAUUAAGCGGCUUUUUCGAAGCUGAUCCAUUUGAAUGAAUUGUUUUAAAGAAAAGGCAUAAAUAUCGUCCAAAUUACAUAGACUUUGGCAGCCAGCAGCAAACAUGACAAGUCUUGAAAAAAACGUUUACUAACGAAUAUAUUUCCAUCACGAGUGAUUUUUACAUAUUGUGACGUAUCAUUAAUGUUGCACGUGUUAUAGUAUGAAAUUUCUCCAAGCAGUCAGUCACUUUUCUUCCUUAUAUAUAUAUGAACUAAUUAGUGAGAUUAGCGAAAACCCCGAAGCAUUUUCUUAUAUAAUCGUAACUUAACCUGAAGUGUACAAAAUUAUUGAAUUUUCUAAGAACUAGUUACAAAAAGCAAUGUUGGGUUGGUGAAAUACUGUCGAGAAAAUUCUGUGUAAGUAGUCGUUUAAGUGUAAUGUUUCCUCCAGGCCUGGUAGGAAGCCUGCCUUAGAGAUCAAGCCCACCAUCUUCGUACUAACCUGUUUUAGUAAUGUAUCAUUCAGGCCAAAAUAAACUGGUGCAAAAUAAACCAUACGCCCUCAGUUACAUAAAAGUCAAGUAUGUGGCAUAUCUGCAUACUGCAAAAGAUUUGGAGUGCAUAUUGAGUAGUGAUUCUAUUAGUGUGUACGCCUACUUCCCCGUUCAUAGUAAAACCGGCCUUAAUAUUCCUGCUAUACUCGAUAGGCACUACAAAAGUGAACGCGGCUUUGCAAAUCAAGGGUUUCAAAUUAAACUGAUGAAGACACGUAGGAGCUUUCUCAAAAAUUAGAAGAGCAUAAGCUUCGAGUCAGAAAACCUAUAACAUAACAAACCACAUCAAGGUCCCAUAUAAGUGUAUGAAGGCAAGUAAAACGGGAUUGUCCUCUAGCAGCCCCACUUCUCUCCAAGCGAAAAACAUCAGUUUCUACGAAAGAUUGAACUACAACCUAAGUAUUACCAAGCAAAAGAAGUAUGGAAAAGUGUUUGCGGAGCCGUCAAAAUCGUCAGAUUACUCUUUUUACGUCCUGUCUUUGAAGUGGUUAUUCUGUCUUUUUUUCGUUUUGGAUUCAAUAGAUGGUACAAACCUUGACCAAAAUCACUCUAGUUCAGGGAAGCAAUAUUGUGGACUCUUUUCCGAAAACCUAAAGUACGUUCUAUCCACAAUGGCGCCUGACGAGCUGUCAGAUCUCUCUGCAAUAAAAAAGCAACUCGGUGAUAAGUCAAGAUUGGGUCCCUUCGCUAUCUUCUUCCAAGUGUUCCGCUACCGGAAAAAUUGUAAAGCGCAUCCACGCACUGACAGAUUACGAGUUGCCGAUUACCUAUUGAUUGUCAAGAGCUUCGUCCUGAGGAUAUACGUAACGAUUGAAAGACUUAUUGUCGAUCUCGGUUCCUUGCUAGAGCAAGUUGGCGAGUUCAACAUGACAACAUCUGACGAACCUAUUCUCAUUACGCCCGACGACUCAACCAUUGAGAUAGAACUUGUUGAUUCGAAAGCCGAACCUGAAUCUGGUCAUAGACGUCGCGGUGUGACCUCUACCUCAUGUUUCGUUUGCCUGCGGGGAAACCUGCGAGGUGCUCAUCUUGAGCGUCACCUGAGAACGCACACCAAGGAACGGCCGUUCCAGUGUCCCCACUGCGACUACAGAGCGUCACAGAAGUCAACACUGUACACGCAUAUUGCGUUGCGACAUGCUGCAGCACAAGAAAGUUUAACUGAAGAACAACAACGUCAUUUCAUAGAAAGCUGUUCAGCUAUGGUGUCAGCAGCAGCGUCCUCCGACGAUACGACGGGCGGAAAGCAAGCAAGCCGCGUCGACAGAUGGAUAUGUGCCAUCUGCUCGAGACGGUGCCCGUCGGCGGCCCACCUACGGAUGCACCUGCGAGUCCACACGAAGGAGAAACCCUACGCCUGCGAGUUCUGCCCGUAUAGGGCUACGACAAAGGGCAACCUUAAGUUGCACGUCGGCAGGCUUCACGCCACAGUACUGCGGUCAGAUGAGAUCAAUCAUUCGGCUUCAACAGCUAUAACAACAAGUGCCAGUGAAGAUGGUAUUUCGGUGCGAUCAAAUCCGAUCCUAUCAAAUCUGCUGCUACCAAUACCGGUGCCAUCAGAACUAUUAGAGAUCGCCAUGACUGUAAAAGAAGAUCGAAGCGACGAUCAGCAGGUAUAGAAGUCAACAGUUCACAGAGUCUGUCAGCUACUCAAGGUCUGCUUUAAUGCCAACCUAUGGAUAAUGUAGACACAAUAACAAUGUGCUUUGUAUAUGUACGAAACAACAGCAACUAUCCUAUGCGGUUUCAGUGACUUCCUCUCAGAAAAAUAUGCUUUACUUGGCAAUAUUGAGAAAUGUUCAUUCGCGACUGUGUAACAUGGGCAUUCGUUCCUUUAUACACCCGUAAAGCAUUUCCAUUUCCGUACAGGGAAACAACAAUUUCAAUCUAAUAAAUCCAUAUAUCUAUAUAUAUAUAUAUGUAUAUAUAUAUGAUAAAUUACAAACCAUUGGUAAAAUUGUGCGUGUGGCAUGCGAAUUCUAAGUUUCAUAUUGAUUGGCAUUAAUUAACGGUAAUUCGAUAAUUAGACAUCAAUUCUAGCAACUAUGUGUUCCAUAUGUUUGAAUCCUACUGCGGACGUUGAAUCGCAACUUCCUUCGUAUUUCAUACAGCCAGCUAUUACCAGAUCUGGGUGAUCAGCCCGAGCUUUAUUAUAUUGCUAUUAUGUUACUACGCAUGACUCUUUAUUUAAUUCGUAGAGAUGUGUGUACGCGUGUGCCGUUAUAAGAAAUGAAUGUCUAUAGAAAAUAAGCGAAAUGUCAUUGAAUGAGGUUCAUUUUAUUGUGCGAUAAUAAAGCACACAUAUGCAUUCUACGGAGGCUCUUGUGGUGUCGGCGAGUAUAUCAUACAAUGAAAUAAGUCACUGAAGCGCCACCCGAAAUGAUAUUCCGACAAUUAAGGUCAUCUCUUUAUUGAUCGGAACGUGUGCGUAAAACAGGCACGACAGUGUAAUUUGUUUCAAACAGCAAGCACGUAUAUUGUAUAAAUUGUAGAAUGUAUGGAGCAUAUGAAUGACGAAGAUGAGAGAAAUAUCGUAUAGCGAUGGUCACGCAUCGGGAUAAAUUUCAUAGAAAGGAGGUUUAAAUGUGAGAUGUAGUAAUCAGUUCCUGAAGUUGAUGCAAUCUAAUUGGAUAAAAUUUUUGGAUUGUGUGUUCGUAUAUGCCAAAAAAAAAUACAUAUUUUGUGUUUCUUACCUUUCGCACAUUGGUGAUUAAACUGUUUGAGGAUGCUCUUGUUUUUUUUUAAUUUUGUUUUUAAUUUUAGUUUAAUAUUGUUACCUAGAAAAAAGCUUACUGACACCGAUAGUCGAACGCCGAACACGGAAGAGAACUUAAAUACCGUGCACACGGUUCUUACUUUUGAGCGAAUAACGUUAUUAACUCGUGGAUUUUCUUGGUAUUUAGCAUUAUCUUAGUAAGCAAUGAACAUACUGUUCUAACUUACCCUCCAUAUACGAUAAGCAAAAAUAAUUGAUAUACGCUUCCUCUAUUCGCAUCUGUAAUUAGGUUGUACAAUAUACCAGGGCGCUUACCCGAGUUGUCGUUCUUUGCUCUACACUGUUCUCAAUAGAAGAAGGAUUGUUCGGUUUUAUAUGGAAAUAGGCGAUAAAUAAGGGCAGGCACGAUUUUACAGAAUACGGCAUUUAAAUCGGGACAAAUUAUUGGCGGGCCGUUUGUCAUGACGAACA